AUGAUCAAGGAGGUUCAUGAUGCUAUGGAAGAAGCUGAGGCUAAGGUUAUGCUGAAGUUUGGUGAUCGCCAGUCGCGUCGCCGCACUUUUGCUGUUGGGCAGAAAGUACUCAAGUGGACCGACAACAAGUCCAAUGGUGUGCUUCAACCUAACUGGACAGGCCCUCUUACUAUCAAGGACGUUCUCGGUACUGCGACUUAUCGUCUCAGCGAUGACUCUGUCCAAGCCGACCGAAACCUCUGUCUAUACCAUCAAUGA